GGCCGGCGGCGAGCGGGGCGCGGGGUGUGGGGCGCGGGGCGCACGGGCAUGGCUGCUCCGGAGUCCCUGUCCCCGGCGGGCGGCGCGGGCGAGGAGGCGCCGGACGAGGACGAGGACGAGGCGGAGGCCGAGGAGCCUGAGCGGCCGGCGGGAACGGGCAGCGCGCGCGGCGGCGGCGGCGGCGGCGGCGGCGGCGGCGGCGGGGCCGGGGUCGGAGCCGGGGGCUGCAGCGGAGCCGGGAGCGCGCUCACGCGGCGCGCGGUCACUCUGCGGGUGCUCCUUAAAGAUGCGCUGCUGGAGCCCGGCGCGGGGGUGCUGUCCAUCUACUACCUGGGGAAGAAGUUCCUGGGGGACCUACAGCCCGAUGGCAGGAUUGUGUGGCAAGAGACAGGGCAGGUGUUUAACUCCCCCAGCGCCUGGGCCACCCACUGCAAGAAGCUCGUGAACCCAGCCAAGAAGUCGGGCUGUGGUUGGGCAUCUGUCAAGUACAAGGGACAGAAACUGGACAAGUACAAGGCUGCCUGGCUCCGGCGACACCAGCCCCACGUGCCUGCAGCGGUCACCGAUGAGAGCCCGGCUAGCGAAGGCGAGGAGGACGACUUACUGAUGGAGGAGGAAGAGGAGGAGGUCCUGGCAGGGGUUUCAGCGGAAGAAAAGAGUCGGAGGGCUCCGUUGAAGGCGCCCCAGGAGUCCGCCCAUCCUGAGACGACACUCCCCGGGAAACGAGUGGAAAACAAGAUCCGGGUACCUGUUCGCUACUGCAUGUUGGGGAGCCGUGACUCGGCCAGGAACCCCCACACUCUCGUGGAAGUAACGUCCUUUGCGGCCAUCAACAAGUUCCAGCCCUUCAAUGUUGCCAUGUCCAGCAAUGUGCUGUUUCUGCUGGACUUUCACAGCCACCUGACUCGCAGCGAGGUCGUGGGGUACCUGGGGGGACGCUGGGACAUCAACAGCCAGAUGCUCACAGUGCUCAAGGCUUUCCCCUGUCGGAGCCGGCUGGGGGACGUGGACACGGCGGCCUCCACGGAAGAGGAGAUAUACCAGAGUCUCCUGCUGCGCGGCUUAUCCCUCGUGGGCUGGUAUCACAGCCACCCGCACAGCCCCGCGCUGCCAUCGCUGCAGGACAUCGAUGCGCAAAUGGAUUACCAGCUGCGGCUGCAGGGAUCCAGCAACGGCUUCCAGCCCUGCCUUGCCCUGCUCUGCUCUCCUUACUACUCUGGCAACCCGGGCCCGGAGUCCAAGAUCGCGCCUUUCUGGGUGAUGCCGCCCCCGGAGCAAAGGCCCAGCGAUUAUGGCAUCCCCAUGGACGUGGAGAUGGCCUAUGUCCAGGACAGCUUCCUGACUAAUGACAUUCUUCACGAGAUGAUGCUGCUGGUGGACUUCUACAAGGGUGCCCCAGACCUCGUGCGGUUCCAGGAGCCCUGGGACCAGGAGCACAGCUACCUCGACAAGCUCAAGAUCUCGCUGGCCAGCAGGACGCCCAAGGACCAGGGCCUGUGCCAUAUGCUGGAGCAGGUGUAUAGCACCCUCAGACAGGGUACCUGAGCCCCCGACCCCCACCCCACCCGGGGCUUCCUGUGGCCUGGAG